UUAUGUCAUUGUUAAUUAAUAUUAAUUGGUUUCCAGUUCAAAAAAAACUUUAUUUAAUUUAUUAAAAUGCGAGUUUAUUAUGGAAAAUAAAAAAAAUUGAAGGUUAUAAAAACGUCACUUGACAGUCACUUUGACAGUUAAGUAAUACAAGAUGGAUGAACGAAAUUAAAAGAUUUAAUUUUUAUGAAUUUUGUUUUGGAGCGCUUACAUAAUUAUUACGUCAUUAGGGUUAAUUAAAAAUGAAUAAGUUUUCACAUUUUUAAUGAAUUGUAGAAAAAAAAAUUGAAGAACGUCAACUGUCACUUUGACCGUCAAGUAUAUGUCAUUGGAGUUAAUUAGAAAUGAAUGGGUUUUUGUAUUUUUUUUUUUGUGGAAAAAAAUAAAAAAAAUAUCAAUUUAAAGGUUAUAAAAACAUGAACUGUCAUUUUGACAGUCAAGUUAUACAGGAUGGAAGACCGAAAUCAAACGAUUUAUAAAACGAGUAAUUUUUUUAAUAAAGAAUAUUGUUCUUUUUCCGUGUUUAGUGACCUUAACUCGAGGCCAGUCUCUUCAAAUAUCCAACUCCCAGUUGAGCGAUUAGUAGUUUUUUGCGAUGAGAGGUGUAAACACGCAAAAAGUUGUCUUGUUUGAAGUCGGGGGGGAUGUUCUGGGGCGCGUGGCCAAGUCCCUCAACUACCCCUCAGUCCAAGCACUGAAAAACGACGUUUUCGUCCUGAAAGAGUGGAUGAAAACGCAGCCCCAUCUACCGGAGAUUAUGGCUGAAAAAAUGAUUGAGAAUUUCCUAAUCUUGAACAAGGGUAGUAUCGAGUUGACUAAAGAAAAAAUCGAUAUGUACUACACCGUGCGCUCACAUUUACCCGAAGUUUUCGACGAGAGUAACCCCAAAUUGCCCGAAAUGAGACAAAUCGUUGACGCAGUUCAUGUUGUAGCGUUACCGAAACUGACCAAAGAAAUGUUCAGGGUGUCUUUUAGUAAAAUCCGCAAUACUGAGCUCAUGGAAAAAAUUGAUUUCAAUAAAGUGAUUGCUCAUUUGGUGAAUUGUCAAGAAAUCCGACUUUCUGAAGACGUAGCCUUUGGGGAUAUUUUUAUCGUCGAUGCCGCAGAUGCCUCCUUCAAUUUGAUGUUAAAAUUCACACCCAGUAUAUUAUACAAAACCCUGAUUUUGAUUUAUGAGAGACUUUUCUCGAUGCGUCUUAAAGCAGUCUACGUUUUUAACGCCCCUCCGUUUGUGGAAAAAAUCGUAACAAUUGUUAAAGGCUUCAUAAAACCAAAAAUGUUCGAUAGGAUACAUAUUUAUCCGGACAGUAGUUUUUUGCUUAAAUGUUUUGACAAAGAACAAAUCCCAAGUGAUUACGGCGGUGAAGAGAAAUCGCUUUGUGAAUUACAAGAAUUAGGCAAGUUGAAAAGAGUAGAAUAUCAAGAACGUUUUGACAAAUUGGAUAAUCUGCGAGUCAAUGAAAAGUUGAGACCUGAAAAACUGAUAAAUGAUGAAAAUUUGGGCUUUUAUGGCAACUUUAAAAAACUGGAAAUUGAUUGAUGUUUAUUUGGUUGCCUACCCGACAAUAAUUUUAUUAAUUAUAUAAUAGUUUAGUAAUACUUGCUUUGGAUAUUACAAUUAGCAUA